GCCGCGCACGGCAAGAUGGCGGCGGCGGGUCCUGCUUCAGGCCCCGGGCGGCUCCCGGCUCGUCCCCGGCCAAGCCUCGCUCGGUUCCGGGGCUGCUUGGCCGGGGCGUUGUUGGGUGAUUGCCUGGGAGCUGUUUUCGAAGGCAGGAGCGUCGUGAAGCUGCCGGAACUGCUGAGUUUCCUCAAAGGGCUGGAACCGGCGCCGCCUGAGGAGGGAGGGGAAGCGGCAGGGAGCACACGUGGAGAGUCGCUGCCGUACACGGAUGACACAGCCAUGAGCAGGUCGGUGGUGCAGUCACUUCUGGCCAAGCAGGAGUUCGAUGAGGUUGACAUGGCCAAGAGGUUUGCUGAGGAAUACAAGAAGGAGCCCAACAGGGGCUAUGGGAUGGCCGUGGUCAAUGUCUUCAAGAAGCUCCUGAGCCCCAAGUGCAACGAUGUGUUUGAGCCUGCUAGAGCCCAGUUCAAUGGGAAGGGCUCCUAUGGGAAUGGCGGGGCCAUGAGAGUGGCCGGCAUCUCCCUCGUCUACUCUGACGUCCAGGAUGUCAAGAAGUUUGCGAAGCUGAGCGCAGAGCUGACCCACGCCAACUCCCUGGGCUACAAUGGGGCCAUCCUGCAGGCCCUGGCUGUGCACCUGGCACUGCAGGAAGGGCUCAGCAGGGAAACCUUCCUGGAGCAGCUCAUCAGCCACAUGGAACAUGUGGAGGCAAAUGACAAGUCUCUCAGUGAUGCCCGAGCGCUGGGGUUUGAGGAUUUACCAUUUUCCAGGCGUCUAAAGAAAAUCAAGGAAUUUUUGGAGCUCAGCAGUGUUCCCAAAGCAGAUGUAUUGUUUGAGUUGGGCAAUGGCAUCGCUGCACUGCGCUCCGUCCCCACUGCCAUUUACUCCUUCCUGCGCUGCAUGGACACUGAUCCUGACAUUCCUGACCACUACAACGCCCUGCAGAGAACCAUCAUCUUCUGCAUCUCCCUGGGGGGAGACACGGACACCAUCGCCACCAUGGCGGGGGCCAUUGCCGGCGCCUAUUACGGGGAGGAGCAGGUGCCCCCGAGCUGGGAGCAGAGCUGUGAGGCUUUCCAGGAGACCCAGAGGAUGGCCAAGAGCCUCUAUGAACUCUACUGCCAGCGGCUCUGAGCUCUGGGGCAGCACCAGGGCUUUUCUGAAGGCGAAGGAAUGGUCAGCUCUGCUUCUCUGGUCAGACCCAGUGGUGGAUCUGCAUCAUCGGCCAACGCCAGCGAACCUCACCUGGGAAGGGUUCUUGCUGCUGGGAGCUGGGAGCCAGCGCCAGCUUGGAAAAGAGGGGACAUCCCCCUCAGUCACAGAUCAGCUGGGAAGUGGCUGCACUUGGACAGUGGGUGUAGCUCCCUGAGUGUACAUAAGUGUCUCAUUUCCAUAGGAUUUCUGCUGCUUGCUUUGUCCACCAUUGUGCCAUUUGUCAUUGCAGUUACUGGCAGGUGUCUGAAUCUGCGGACAUUCUCCCUGUUUUACUCUGCUCCUGUGUCUGUGGGCUGUUUUGGUGGUCAGUGGCUUGUCCAGUGGCUUUGGGAUGAUCCACACUCCUGGUACAGCAGCAGGUCAUCCUCAGCUGGCCAAAUAAGGGAUGUCAUAAGAGUCACCAGAGAGGCCUGAUGGCCCAGGUGUCACCUAUGCUAAAUUGGGAUAAUGGAGUGUAGAUUUCUGGGAAGGUUUGUUGCCUUAAAGGCAGAAUGAGAAGGGCCAGUGAAGGGAGAAGGGAUUUCUUUCAUUGCUGAUGGCUCUGUGAGAAACCUUUGAUGCCUGCAGACAAUCUCAGCUGGCUCAUUGUCCCUGCUGGUGUCACUAAUUGCUGCUCUCUUCCUCGUCUUUGACCCUAUGAUCCAGCAGGCACGUGCUGCACUUUGUGCCCCCUUGCACAGCUGCUGUUACACUGCUGCAGCCACUCUGGCUGCUCCCAUGUUCCUAAUCCAUGCAUCCUGUAUAUGCCCAGAGCACCAAGUGACAUUCCUGUUUGAAUUACAGAGUACCCCAAACUGAAACAGAUCCACAUAAGAGUCCAGCUUCUGUGGAGUGCAGAUCUGGGAGUGGAGGUAGUACAGGGAUAGAAUGCCUGGUUCUGCUGCAGUCAGCCACAAAAGUGACUUGAGCAGGAUGCAGGAGGUCACUUAUCACAGUCUUAGCCUCUGUACUUGGUAAAAACUGCCCCAAAAUUAAAGGGAAAGGUGGGUUAAUUGGGGACAUCAGUAUUUAAAAGAAGCUGGUACUGGUGGCCAAGAACAUUCUAGCACAACUGUGUUCCAGAAUUUUACAUUUAAAACCUUUUCCUAGUGGAGCUGGUCAAAAAGGGAGAAACAGCUUGGGAAUGGCACAUCUAUAAAGGGUUGGAAACUGUUUAAUAAUUGAAAACAAAAAGUCUUCAUAUGGAAAUGUUUAUAAACUUAAAUGUAACAGUGUAACUCUUGUUAUUUCUCCAGUAUGUCUUGUGACACUGGGAAAUGGCCAUGGUGCUCCCCAGUGGUGUCAGCACAUGGUGGCUGUGUUAGGCUGCAUGCACAUGUGGGGAUCUGGCUGCCAUGGGUCCUUCCAGUUUUCCCUGUAGUCUGCUUCCUUCAAGUUCCAGUCUUUUGUGUGAUGCUCUAAAUGGGUUUUCCUUGUAUAAAUGGAUUCUUGUCUUGGGAACAUGUGGAAUUUUUGUCUGUUGUAUAUUUUUGUAUUGUGCUGCAGAUCUGAGCUGUAAAAUAACAGGUUUUCUACAUUAUUCUGCCAGAGGGGCAACCAGGUUAAUGUAAUUAUGUAAAAGAAGAUAUUUUUCUUUUCUUUAAAAGAAGCAGCUUUAUAAUUUUAAAUGUUUGGAACUCCUGACAAGCAAAGAGCUCCUGUUUAAAGACUAGAGCCCUAGUUUCCUUGGAAAGAAGUAAAAUCCCUCAGUUAUCUUUGUUAAAUA